GUCGUGCUGAGGUGUAGGUGCCGGUGGAUGUGAUCUGAGGAGGCGAAGUCCGGGUCUGAGGUGGUCUGAGUCUCUGCAGGGUUUCUAACACUUAAACAUUAACGUUAAUACCAACAGGAGGUCUUAAGACCAGGGAACAGCACGGUUAACGGUCUGAAGACUUUCCUCCGGACACUUCAAGUCUGAAGAGUCUCUGCAGGUUUCUAACCCUGAAACAUUAACACCAGCAGGAGGUUAACGGUCCUCAAACUUCCUCAAGACUUUCCUCCGGAGACUUCUAGGACUCUGAAGAGUUAACCUCUGCAGGUUUCUAACGUUAACAGGAGGGGCACACGAACCGGACCGGGGCUCCGACGGUUCAACGGUUCUGAAGGUUUCUGGACUCUGGUUUUAGUUCUGGACGGAUUUAAAGAGUCUGGAGAGUUUGAGUCGCUUUGAGGUUUUGUUUGAAGAUCAGCAGCAUGUUGGAGCUCGCGCUGCUGCUCGCCCUGCAGGUGUGCUCGGGAGGCGCCCAGGUUGGCGGGGCCUCGGUCGAUGAUGUCAGCCUCCCCGAGCUCAGUGACGUGUGCACAGAGGGCAGCUGUUACCCGGCAACAGGAGACCUUCUGAUUGGCCGAGCCCACCAACUGUCGUCCACCUCUACCUGCGGACUGAACCGCCCCGAACCGUUCUGCAUCGUCAGCCACCUACAGGAGGAGAAGAAGUGCUUCCUGUGCGACUCGGCAACUCCGUACGAUCAGCUGAGCGAACAGACCAGCGGCCAUCGCAUCGAGAACGUUGUCACAACGUUCGCUCCCAACAGACUGAAGACCUGGUGGCAGUCUGAGAAUGGUGUGGAGAACGUCACAGUGCAGCUGAAGCUGGAGGCUGAGUUUCACUUCACACAUCUCAUCAUGACAUUUAAGACGUUUCGACCGGCUGCCAUGGUGAUCGAGCGGUCAUCUGACUUCGGGAAGACGUGGAAGGUUUACCGUUACUUUGCCUAUGAUUGUGAGACCUCGUUCCCGUCGGUUUCCCAUGGUCCAAUGCAGAAGGUCGACGAUGUCAUCUGUGACUCGCGUUACUCGGACAUCGAGCCGUCCACUGAAGGAGAGGUGAUUUUCCGAGUCCUGGACCCGGCGUUCAGGAUCGAGGACCCCUACAGCCCCCGGAUCCAGAACAUGUUGAAGAUCACGGACCUGCGGGUGAAGUUCACCAAACUGCACACGCUUGGAGACAACCUGCUGGACUCCCGCAUGGAGAUCAAGGAGAAGUAUUACUACGCCGUCUUCGACAUGGUGGUCCGAGGAAACUGCUUCUGCUACGGACACGCCUCCGAGUGCGCCCCGGUCCAGGGAACUGGCCAGGCCACUGAGGGCAUGGUCCACGGUCACUGCAUGUGUAACCACAACACUAAAGGUCUGAACUGUGAGCAAUGUCAGGACUUCUACCACGACCUGCCAUGGAGACCAGCCGAGGGACGCAACACCAACGCCUGCAAAAAGUGUAACUGUAACCAGCAUUCAGACUCGUGUCACUUCGACAUGGCCAUGUUCGUGGCUUCAGGAAACGUCAGCGGAGGAGUCUGUGACGACUGUCGGCACAACACGGCCGGACCCAACUGUCAGCAGUGUCAACCGUUUUUCUACCAGCACCCCGAGAGAGAUGUCCGAGACCCCAACAUCUGCCAGCUGUGUAACUGCGACCCUCUGGGCUCUCUGAACGGAGGAGUCUGUGACGGUCUGACGGAUGUUGGAGGCGGUCUGAUCGCCGGUCAGUGUCGCUGUAAAGUCAACGUGGAAGGAGAGCGCUGCGAGCGCUGCAGACCGGCGCACUACGGGCUGAGUGGCGCCACGCCUGAGGGCUGCACGGCGUGUAGCUGCAGCCCGGUGGGAACUCUUCCUGGAGGAAACCCCUGUGACAGUGAAACAGGAAGCUGCUUCUGUAAACGUCUGGUGACGGGACGAGACUGUGACCAGUGUGUGGCUGAACACUGGGGUCUCAGUAACGAUAUGGAUGGCUGCAGACCAUGUGACUGUGAUCUAGGAGGAGCCAUCAACAACCGGUGCGAUCAGGGGAGUGGUCAGUGCGUCUGCAGAGAUCACAUGUUUGGUCGACGCUGUGAUCAGGUCCAGUCUGGAUUCUACUUCAUCGCUCUAGAUCACUACACCUACGAGGCCGAGGACGCCAAGUUUGGACCUGGAGUGACUGUGGUGCCGCGGCCCCACCCUCUGGACCGCAGUCCCACCUGGACAGGUAUCGGUCUGGUCAACGUCCCAGAGGGGGCCUUCCUGGAGUUCACCGUGGACAACAUCCCCCACUCCAUGGAGUAUGACAUCAUCAUCCGCUACGAACCUCAGCUGCCCGACCAAUGGGAGGAGGUUCUGAUGACAGUGAUGAGACCUGGACCUAUCAGAGCAGACAGUCGCUGUGUCAACACGGUUCCUGACGACGACCACCAGAUGAUCUCACUUCAUCCCGGCUCACGAUACGUGGCUCUUCCCAGACCGGUUUGUUUUGAAUCUGGUCUGAACUACACGGUCCGCCUCAGUCUGCCGCUGUACUCGGCCGUCAGCGAUGUCCAGUCUCCGUACACACUCAUUGACUCGAUCGUGUUGAUGCCUCACUGUAAGAACCUGGAGAUCUUCACGGGAUCUUCAGAAGAAGGAGAGUCCAGCGGGAACAGCGGUUGGGAAACUUUUCAGCGUUAUCGUUGUCUGGAGAACAGCCAGGGCGUUAUCAAGUCGCAGAUGACCGACAUCUGCAGAAACUUCAUCUUCAGCAUCUCUGCCAUGCUGCACCAGGGAGCCAAAGAAUGCCAGUGUGAUCCUCAGGGCUCCCUGAGCACGGUGUGCGAUCCCAGCGGCGGUCAGUGUCGAUGUCGGCCCAACGUGGUCGGCAGGAACUGUGACAGAUGUUCUCCGGACACCUUCCAGUUUGGACCCAACGGCUGCAGAGCCUGUGCGUGCGACCCUCAGGGCUCUCAGAGUUCGUUCUGCGAUCAGCUGAGUGGUCAGUGCGUCUGUGUUUCCGGAGCAUACGGUCGGCAGUGUGAGCGCUGUCUGCCGGGUCACUGGGGCUUCCCAACCUGCCGACCCUGCUCCUGCAACGGACACGCCGACGACUGCCAGGCCGACACGGGACGCUGCUUCAACUGCAGGGACCACAGCACCGGACACACCUGUGACAGGUGUCUGGAUGGUUACUAUGGCGACCCGGUGUUGGGGUCAGGUGACCACUGUCGCCCCUGCAUGUGUCCCGACGGCCCCGGCAGCCUGCGGCAGUUUGCAGGAAGCUGUUACCGUGGCGACGACUCUCAGCAGGCAGUCUGUGUCUGCAACACUGGAUUCAGAGGUGCUCGCUGUGACGAGUGCUCCCCUGGUUACUAUGGAAACCCUGGGGAGGUGGGAGGGCAGUGUCAGCCCUGUCAGUGCAACAACAACAUCGACAUGUUGGACCCAGAGUCCUGCGACGCCCAGACCGGCGAGUGUCUGCGCUGCCUUUACCACAGCGAGGGCGCUUCCUGCCAGAGCUGCAAGCUGGGUUACUACGGCAACGCCCUGCUGCAGGACUGUAGCAAGUGCAUCUGUAACCGGCUGGGCAGCGAGCCGUCCGGCUGCCCUCCAUCCGGAGACUGUGACUGCGAGCGCAGCAGCGGUCAGUGUCACUGCCUCCCCAAUGUGAUGGGGAGGCACUGCGACCGCUGCGCCGCCGACACCUGGAACAUGGCGAGCGGCCGCGGCUGUCAGGCCUGCGACUGCGACGCCAAACACUCACAUGGGACGUCCUGCAACGAGAUCAGCGGUCAGUGUUCCUGUCAGCCCGGCUUUGGAGGAAGAACAUGCAGCGAGUGUAGAGAGCUGUUCUGGGGAGACCCAGAGGUCAAAUGUCACGCGUGUGACUGCGACCCUCGCGGCACGGCAUCACCACAGUGUAACCAUGGCAACGGUCACUGCGUGUGUGUGGAGGGCGUGUCUGGCCCGCGCUGCGACGUCUGCGCCCGCGGCUUCUCCGGGACGUUCCCCGACUGCCAGCGCUGCCACCAGUGCUUCUCCGAGUGGGACGCCGUCAUCGGCCAGCUGGCCAAUCAGACGCACCGCCUGGUCAACAAGGUGAACGCCGUCAGAGCCAGCGGCGUCAGCGGGCCGUACAGGAAGUCCAUCGACAGCCUGGAGAAGUCCGCCGCCGACAUCCGACUCAUCCUGAACCAGAACCCGGCAGAGCAACCGCUGAUCCAUGUCCAGGACCUGCUGCAGCAGGCCAGUGACCUGAUGGGGGCCCUGAGCCAGACGUUGAACCACACUGAGCAGACUGUGGACCAGCUGCAGGAAGAGGAUUCGGCUGCAGGAAGUAAACUGGGCUCUGUGACGGCGGACGCUCAGAAACUGGAGCGCACGGUUCUGGAGCUGCUGGACCAGGUCCAGUUCAUCAAGAACUCCAACAUCAGGGGGGCGACGGACAGCGUCACUAAGUACUUCCUGCAGUCCCAGGCGUCUGAAGCUCGAGCCAACGCCUCCACCAUCGAGGCCGGCGGCGCCGUGGAAACCUCAGGCGCUCUACGGCAACUCACAGAAGACAAACUGAACCGAACCAAAGAGGAGUUCCUGAGGAGACACACUGAGCAUGCUCAGAAGCUCGAUGACCUGGCGGGAGAGCUGCAGACUCUGGACCAAUCAGAGAUAAGCCACAAGACCUGUGGCAGUCCAUCCUCGGGUCAGGACUCGUGCUCGUCCUCUCCCUGCGGCGGUCUGGGCUGCGUGGACUCAGAGGGUCGGACUCGGUGUGGCGGCGAAGGGUGUGAUGGCGUUGUGACGAAGGCCGACAGCAUCUGGAAGCAGGCCCGAGACUCUGAACAGGAAAUCACCAGCGCCAUGGAGGAAGUGGAGAAACUCUCCAAGAUGGUGUCAGAGGCAAAACUGAAAGCAGACGAAGCGAAGCUCAGCGCUCAGGACGUCCUGAUGAAGUCCAACAGAACCAAACAGAAAGUCCAGCAGAGUAACGAGGAGCUGAGAGGCCUCAUCAGACAGAUCCGAGACUUCCUCACAGAGGAUGCUGCAGACCUGGAGAGCAUCGAGCUAGUUGCUAACGAGGUUCUGGCCAUGCAGAUGCCGAGCACGCCGGCUCAGCUGCAGAACCUGACCGAGGAGAUCCGGCAGAAGCUGGGAGAGCUGGGACACGUGGAGAACAUCCUGCAGCAGAGCGCCGCUGACAUCCAGAGAGCCCAGAACCUGCUGGACCAGGCCCGCACAGCCAGCGAGGAGGCGGCGUAUGUGAAGGACUCUGCAGAGAAGGUGAAGAAAUCUCUGGAAGAAGCUCAGAGGGCUCAAAGCGCCGCCAGCAGCGCCAUCCAGCAGGCUGCCGCCGACAUCCAGAACACCAACACCCUGCUGUCCUCCGUGGAGAUGGAGACAGCAGAUGCAGAGCUAAAGCUCUCUAACGCCACCCAGAGGCUGCAGAGACUGGAGCAAGACAUGACGCUGCUGAGAGACAAGGGUCUGAACGUCUCUGCGAGCGCUGAGCAGACCAAUCAGGACGCAGCGAGCAUCAGACAGAUGGCAGACGAGCUGAAGAAGGAUCUGGACUCGGAGCUGAAGGAUAAGUACGCCACAACGGAGAAGCUGAUUGGUCAGAAGGCAGGGGGUGUGGCAGAGGCCAAGAAGAGGGCGGAGUCUCUGCAGCAGGAAGCCAAACAGCUGCUGCUGAAAGCCAGCGACAAGCUGCAGCUUCUCAAAGAGCUGGAGAAGUCUUACGAAGACAACCAGCGGACUCUGGAUCUGAAGGCGGAGCAGCUGGUGCAGCUGGAGGCCGCCGUGAAGAAACUGCUGCAAGACAUCAGCAACCAGGUGUCUGUCUACAGCACCUGUCUGUUCUAGGGUCAAAGGUCACCUGUCUGUUCUAGGGUCAAAGGUCACCUGUCUGUUCUAGGGUCAAAGGUCACCUGUCUGUUCUAGGGUCAAAGAUCAGCUGGGUUAAAGGAACAGGAAACAGACUUUAACCUGUUCUCUGCAGCCAAUUACAACAUACUGUAUGUUAACCGAAAUAUUAGACUCUGGAGUUUGAAAGGAACCAAAGAUUUAGUUUUUAAUGGAACCACUCUGUCAAACAUAUAACAUGUUUUCAUAAGUUCUAGAUAAUCACGUUUUCAAACAUUUACUCACAGAGAUAAAGGAACCAUUGAAAGAUGUUAUAAAACCAGAUGUGAUUGGUUUGAACUGGAUGGAUUUAAUUGGCUGGUUCAUCAGAUGAAUGUCUUUGUGAAUGUCAUUUGUUUCCACUUUAACCAAAGUUUAAAGUGAAUGUUAAACCGUGUGACUGCAACUUUUUUACUUCCUGGUUUUGUAUUUUCUGUAGUUCUUUUCUACUUUCUGGUUUUGUAUUUCCUGUAAUUCUUUUCUACAUGACCAAAGCUUUGAACCAAAAUUAUUUUUAAUAAACGCGUCCAGUUAAAAUCA